GUCAACUGGCCUAGCAAGGUAAAAACAACGGCUACACCUUCCUUUCCGACUAGCAGUAGGCGGGACAGGCUCUUGGCCAACGUCGCAUGCGAUGAACUUGUUUGGCCACUGAAACAUUCUCCUCCUGCUCAUUCUCAUGUCCGAAAACGACCACCAGACGACUUUCGACUCCCGAGAUGGUUAAAACCCCGAAGGAACCGAGAGUGUUCCCUCCCCACCUACGGGCUGACCACUAGCCCGGCAAUAAGGUUGGACCUCUCUACACGCCAGGCAGUCAUGUCUGUUGUCCCCAAACCCAUACCCAAACCGCCCUUCUUUCGAUGGGAAAACCCCGAAGAAGCGGUGCAACUCGAAACACGCCGUCUAGAGGUUUUGGAUCAAAUUCAACAAUGCAAGAGUGCAAACGACUACAAAGGUCCACCCCUUCGGGAAUUACAGAAAAAAUACAACAGGCUAGUAGAUAAACUCGACAAACUUGAGAGAGGUGAUGAACUGCUAAACCGCCUAAAAACCAUAGAGUUCGAAAACUGGCAACGAAUCGUCCAGAUGGUCCCGCUCGUCAUGUUUGACACAGAUGCGGUGCCGGGAACACGACCCAAUCCCAUAGAUGAUGUAUUAUCUCUAUGCCUGGUUCAUAAAGAAUGGCGCAAGUGGAUCUACUUGAACCCAGGGAUGUGGAAUCAUCUCAUCUUUGAUCACCACUUUGCGUCCGGUUCGGAUUGGGCCAAGCUGGAGAUAGCGUUGAAGCUAUCAGGUGACCUGCCGCUCCACAUGCGUAGUAUCCUUUGGAUACAUCAGUGGGACGUUUUCUAUAAAAUCUUGGGUAGAGUGGCUGACCGCCUUGAGACCCUUGAUCUUGACAUGGGGUGGACAUACGCAAGGGACAGUGGAUACACCCACGAUUAUCUAGUCGAAUUUGUAGAAGAAAUGCCAAUACUUCCUUCCUUACGAGAGCUUGUGUGUCCGAAGACCAACGGCUGGCCCGUUAUCUUCAACCAGCUUGCGUCCAAAGCUCCCAACCUUCGAUAUAUCAAAGGAAUCGAGUUAUCUCUAGAUGUAUUUCAACCCGAAUAUAUUCAUUCAAAGCCGAUAUCGUCUGAACACUUUCUUUUGGAAGUUAGAAGGUAUCUGUACCGGCAGAACAAGACGCGACCCGAAGAACGAUUCCAUAGCGCUAAUGGGGAAAGAGCAGGAUCUUUAAUCACCGAUUUACCCCUAAAUCGUACUCAAACCCUUGCCUUGAAGAGGAAAGAUUGGCCUUUGAUAGAUAUGAUCCCUGGCAGACUUGUCGGGCUAAGGUCACUUACCAUCGACUUCCUUAUGACAUGGCAAGAGGUGCACAAGAUAUUACGAUGCUUGCAUGAGAUGCCAACUCUUAGGGCUUUUGCCAUGGAGUUGUCCUUCAAGACUAACGAGGUCGUGUGGAGCGACUGCAAACCAUGCAAUCUAACCUCGCUGUACAUCCAAGUUGACCAUCCGCUUGGUGACCAGAUAACGCACCUGAAAGAGGUCGGAGAAGCUCGAGUCGAGCAGCUAUUUGAAGCAAUGGCAAAGUUCAUGCCUCAUAUCAAUGAGUUGAAGUUUAAGAGGCUUGGGGCAUGGACUCCUCGAGCGCUUUGGGACCUCAUUCCCAAGCUCAAGUACCUCCACGUUUUCAGUCUGUUAGGGGCGGAGCUAUCGGCGGUGGAAGAUGGACAGGGGUGGCCUCGGUAG